AUGAGUCGAAGACUCGAAGCUCAGCUUCCUCGAGGCUAUGCCUCACCUAUCAAAGAUCUUAGGCCGUUUAUAGUACACAGAAAAAAUAUGGAUGAGAGCGAAAAAAUUAAUAAUUUUGUACCGGUCCAUGGCGGAGUAGUACCUGAUAUAUCAUCCAAUAUACCUCCAGACGAUACACAUAUAAACUCUAUACCCGAUAUAUCAUCAAAGAGAUAG